AGACAAUAAUCAAUAAAAUAAAAGAUUAUCAUUUCUAUAAAAAUAUAAUAUAGAGGUUGUCUUAAAAUUGAAAUAUAGAAUAUAAUUUCAUAUCACCAGCUGUUGCAAGUUGACAAUCCAAGGAAAUUAUUUUGAUAGUUCCAAGCGACUUGGCCUUCACUUUUAUAAACAAAUCCAUUGUCGUCACGUGAAUAUAUAGCCAGCUCAGUUUUUGAGGAGAACUUUUGAUAUUUUCCUGACGAUUGUCAAUUAACAUUAUGGAUACAAGUGAAGUUUCAACUUCAAUUAUCAAAAGUCAUAGUAAGUACUUUUGUAACAAAGAGUCACCUUAUUAUGAUGCAAAAAUUUGUGAGUUGCUGUGUAAUAAUGCUAAAAAAUAUGAAAUAAAUAUGAGUAAUAAAGCAUUAACUAUUCUCCCACGAGAUUUAUUCAGUGGUCUCGAGAAUCUUCAUGAUUCUGAAGUUAAACUGAGAUUAGAUCACAACCAACUGAACAAUCUUGAGUCUAGUUUAUUUAAUGGUUUACUACAACUUCAAGAACUCGAUCUCAGCCAUAACAAUUUGACAACACUACCAAAAGAUAUAUUUGAUGGUCUUGAAUAUCUUCAGAGUUUACAUAUAGAAUCAAACCAACUGAAUGAUCUAGAGCCAGGUGUUUUCUCUGGUUUAUUAGACCUUUACAUACUCGAUAUCAGCAACAACAAACUGACAACUUUAUCAAAAGAUAUAUUCGAUGGUAUUCAAAGUAUAGGUGAUGUCAAUUUAAAGUCGAACCAACUAACUUAUCUUGAGCCGGGUAUUUUCGAUAAUUUACUGGGUCUUAGAAGACUUAAUAUCAGCAAUAACAAUCUCACAACUUUAACAAAAGAAAUAUUUGGUUAUCCCCGAGAAUUUUGGUAUCUAGAUUUGAAUUCAAAUCAACUACAUAAUCUUGAGCCAGGUUGUUUCAGUGGUUUAUCACGACUUGAGGAAAUUAAUAUCAGCCAAAACAAUCUGACAACUUUAUCGAAAAAUAUCUUCAGUGAUUGUGUUGGUCUUAUCAAGUUGGAGAUACAAUUUAACCAAUUGAAAUAUCUUGAGCCAGGUUGUUUCAAUGGUUUAUCACAACUGGAAGAGCUUAAUAUCACCAACAACAGUCUGACAACAUUGUCCGAAGGUAUAUUUAAUGGUUUUAAAAAACUUUAUGAAUUAAAUUUAAAUUCAAACAAACUGAACAAUCUUGAGUCAGGUUGUUUCAAUGGUUUAUCACGAUUUAUAGGAAUUAAUAUCAGCCAAAACAAUCUGGCAACUUUAUCGAAAAAUAUCUUCAGUGAUUGUAUUAAUCUUUCCACAUUAGAAAUACAAUUUAAUCAUUUAAAAAAUCUUGAGCCAGGUUGUUUCAAUGGCUUAUCAAAACUUAACGAGCUUAAUAUCAGCAACAACAGUCUAACCACAUUGUCUGAAGGUAUAUUUAAUGGUUUUGAAGAACUUCAUAUAUUAAAUUUGAAUUCAAACAAACUAAACAAUCUUGAGCCAGGUGUUUUUGGUAAUUUGUCAGACCUUGAUGUGCUUGAUUUAGGCAAUAACGACUUGAUAACAUUAUCAAAAAAUGUAUUCAAUGGUCUUGUAAAUCUUAAUCAUCUAAAUUUACAAUCGAAUGGAUUAAAUAAUCUUGAGCCAGCUAAUUUUAAUGGUAUACCAAAACUUCAUAAACUUGAUGUCUCUAAUAAUAAUCUCACAACUUUAGUGAAAGAUACAUUCAAUGGCAUAGAAAGUCUACAUGAACUGAAAUUAAAUUCAAAUAAACUGAGCAAUCUGGAGUCAGGUUGUUUUAACAAUUUAUCAAAACUUCAGACACUCGAUAUCAGUGAAAAUAAUUUGACAUUAUUAAAAGAUAUAUUCGAGUGUUUACCAACACUUCGUCAUCUAGAUUUGAAAUCGAAUGGAUUACAAAACCUUGAAUCAGGUACUUUCAAUAAUUUGUUAGAGCUUGAAGAACUUUAUAUGAACGAAAAUGAAUUAAUCACUUUACCAAACGAUAUAUUCAGAGGUUUACAAAAGCUUCGUAUCCUAGAUUUAAAUUCAAAUAGACUACAAAACCUUGAUUCAGGUAUUUUUAAUGAUUUAUUAGAACUUGAAGAACUUUAUAUGAACGAAAAUGAAUUAAUCACUUUACCAAACGAUAUAUUUAGAGGUUUACAAAAGCUUCGUAUCCUAGAUUUAAAUUCAAAUAGACUACAAAACCUUGAUUCAGGUAUUUUUAAUGAUUUAUUAGAACUUGAAGAACUUUAUAUGAGUGAAAAUGAACUGGUCUUUUUACCAAAUGAUAUAUUUCAAAGUCUGCAAAAUCUGUUAUGUCUACAUCUGGAUUCCAAUCAACUAAUAGAUCUUGAGACAGAUAUUUUCAACGGUUUAACAAAACUUGAGGAACUUGAUAUCAGUGGAAAUCAAUUGACAACUUUACCAAAAUAUAUAUUUAAAGGUCUAGAAAACCUUUAUCACCUAAAUUUAAAUUCAAAUAAACUACAAAACCUUGAGUCAGGUACUUUUAAUGAUUUAUUAGAACUUGGUGAACUUCAUAUGAGCAAAAACGAAAUCAUCAAUUUACCAAACGAUAUAUUUAAUGAUCGUCUACAAUCUGUUUUAUAUCUCGAUUAAGAUUUG